UGAGUGACAUCUCACUUUCUCUCUCUAAAACGGUCAUUUUCACCUUCAAGUCGCCGUCUACUUAUCUUCUUCAACUCACGGAGAAAUUCGCAUAAUCAGUUUCAAUUUGUUACAAAGCUGUUAGAACAAGUUGUUGAGUGCAAGAAUUAGGGCUUGUUUUUCUCAAAUUUCAAGAGUUUUUGUUGAUUUUGUUAUGAAGGAGACGGUGCAACGGAGAUUAGGGCUCAUUUGAUCCGAAUGGAGGGAGGUAGCUUCUGUUUUAACUCUUUUCUGGGAUACACCAAUGGACUAUGAUGACGAUGAAUUUCAAGGACAAAAUCGUCAAUUAGCCGGGGAAGGGUCUUCCAAAGUUUCUCCUGUUUUGCAUCCAUAUGCUCUUCCCAAAUUUGACUUUGAUGAUACUCUUCACGAGCACCUGAGUUUUAACGAGGUUUUUCUUGGUCAAGAAGACAACCAGUGGAUCGAGGAGUUUAAGUCAAGUGGUGUGGAAUCAAGGCGUAACAAUGUAUGGUCUGAAGCAACAUCUUCAGAAUCUGUUGAAAUGCUUCUAAAAUCAGUUGGACAAGAAGAGAAAGUCGUGGGUAAAGUAGUAAUCGAACAAUUAGAUUCUAAUAUAUGUGAUGAGACUGUGAGCUUAACUGAAGCUAUGGAUCCUAAUUUGAAUCAAGAAUCUCAAUUAUCUGGUGGAGAGUUGGAUUCAGUAUCUAUAAAUGAGAAGCAAAAUUUAUUUGUUUUGAAGGAAAAAGUGGAUAACACAUUCGAUGAUGUAGUUCCAACGGAUCAUCCGGGCUCCUCGGAGAAUGUUGGUCUAAGUGUUCAAAUUAAAGAAAAUAGCACUGAGGUUCCAGCGGAUGGUGACACCAUGAUUGCUGAAUAUGUGGAUAACCCGUCUAGUGAGAACCUGCCAGCUGAAACUAGUAUCCCGUCCAAUGAGAACCUGUCAGAUGAAAUUAGUGAUCCAUUCAGUAAGAACUCGUCAGCUGAAACUAGCAACACCAUCAGUGAGAACCCAACUGCUGAAAAUAGCAUACCGUUCAGUGAGAACCUGCCAACUGAAAAUAGUGCUCCAUUCAGGGAGAGCCGGUCAGCUGAAAAUAGCACCCCAAUCAGGGAGAACCCGCCAGCUGAAACUAGCAUCUCAUUCAUUGAGAACCAAUCAGCUAAAACCAGCAUCACGUUAAGUGAAAACCCCCCAACUGGAACUAGGAUCCCGUUCAAUGAUAACCCCCCAGCUGAAACUAGCAUCCUGAUCCCGUCAACUGAAACUAGCAUCCCAUUUAGUGAAAAACCACCAGCUGAAAGUAACAUCCCAUUCAGUGAAAGCACUUCCCAAUUGUUGAAGUUAAAGGAUCCUGAUUCUCCAAAGUCAAAUGCAGGAUCGUUGUCUAAGAUGUCUCCCAUAACAGUUUCUUCUGUUGAAGAAAACGAAACCAUCAUAGAAAAGGAUGCACAACAGAUCCAUUCUGACACAUCUAUGCUGUCUGCAGGCAACUUACCUGAAACAGUCUGUGAGAGUUCUGGUUUAAUGCAGGUGGACUGCAAAGCUACCUCAUGUGAACCGGGUGUCAUACAUUUGGGUCAAGAUGAUUCUUUUAAUGAAAAAGAGGAUGCAAGCUUGCCCCCGGAAAGUAAGGAUAUGGACGCUGAAGCUGUUCAAGCUCAUGUUGCAGUAUCUGAUCAAAGGUCAUCUCCUGACACAGCUACAGCAGAAAACGAAGAGCAACCAAAAUCACCUAUUUUUGGGGUGAGUUUAGUGCACCAGGGUAGCAAGGAAAAUAUACAAGUCGGAGGUCCUUCUGAAGGAAAUUCCCAAAAUGAGAUUUCCCAAGUUGAAUGCGUGGUCGCUUCUGAUUCAAAGAAUCCAUCAGCUUUAGUUGAAAAAGAAGCAUCUCCUGAUCUUGCUGAAAAAGCUAUACAUGAGAUUGAUGCUCAUUGUGUGACACCGGUUGAAAGCUGCAAUGCAAGCCAGGUUGAACGAGAACCUGGUACUAAAAAUGACAGUCAAGAUUGUUCCGAGAAGCUGGAAACAAAUCCUUCUGAUUUGUUAGAAAAAACAGUCAAUAAUUCUCAGACAGGAUGUCUACAGGACCCGAAGGAAACAGUGAUAGAAGUCAACAAGUCAAAUGAGCAUCAAACAUUUGUGGAUGGUUCUCGUCCAUCUGAUGAUGUGGCAGAUGGUAGUUCGCUGUCUUGUAAGACCGCAGAUGAUGUGCAAAAUAAAGCGCUGUCUGUUUCUGUAGAUAAUGCGACACCAGAAGAAAAAGACUUAACUUUUGAGGUCAAUAAAAGGUCUGAUCUUGGACAAGAUGGCAAGGGUUCCCUAUCAUAUCCUGCAUUUCAAGUUUCUAAUUUGCCAAAGAUUACAGAGGGACCUUCAAAAGAUUCUAGCAGCAACCAAAGGGAUCCUAAGAAGUUUCAUGAAGUUUCUGUUAGUCCUCAGAAUCCUAGUGGCUUGACCUCUCAAAUAGGAAUCAAAGGGAAAUCCGAGCGUAAACCUAGACGAAAAUCUGUUGGUAAGGAAAAUGCCAGGAAAGGAACAGUUCCUGCAAGAGGAGAAGUAUCACCUGUGUUGCUAACUUCCCCUGCAACGAGUCAAGUUACUCGUUUUGAAGGGGUUAAGUCCCGUGAGAAUGCUACAAAACCAGGGGUUCUUCCAUCGCCAAAGAUUCCAGAUUUGAAUAAUUCAACUUCUAUAUUACAGCAGCCGUUUACUGAUAAUCAACAAGUGCAGUUACGUGCACAAAUAUUAGUUUAUGGAUCAUUGAUAUCUGGAUCGCCACCUGAAGAAACUUACAUGAUUGCUGCAUUUGGGCAGCCUGAUGGUGGAAGAACUUGGGAGGGUGUUUGGCGUGCUUGUGUAGAAAGGCUUCAUAUCCAGAAAUCUCAGCCCAAAUCUAGUACCCCUAUUCAAUCACGAUUAGAAAUGAGAGAUGCAGGUAGCAGAUCUGAUCAAGUAAUUAAACAGGCUUCUGUCCAAAAUAAAAUUCCCUCUUCACCUAUUGGAGGACCAAACAGCAAGGGUACCCCACCAAUUGUUAGCCCCAUGAUUCCCUUUUCAUCGCCUCUGUGGAAUACCACUACCCCUUCUGAUAAUUUACAGUCUACUGGCAUGCCAAAAGCUGCUCGUUUUGAUUAUCACCAAACACUCUCUCCUCUACGUCCUCCUACUUAUCAAACUCCACCUGUUCAGAAUUAUAACUCAUCUUGGUUGUCUCAGGGUCCAUUCUCUGGUCAAUGGUUAGCUGCUUCCCCAAUUCCCUCUUUUAACCCUGCCCCUCGUUUUCCGUCAUUACCUACAACCGAGUCACUGAAAUUAACCCCGGUCAAAGAAUCAGGCGGUUCGGUAGUUCAACAUACAUCUAAUCCACCGAUUCUGAAUUCUGCUCCUAUCAUUUUUCCAGACAUGAAAAGGUCAACCGUAUCGUCUGACCAACCUUGUGAUUCAAAGAGCAGAAAAAGGAAAAAGGGUAUUCCAGUUGUUAGUAAUCCUUGUUCUACAUCAGUUGCGGUUUCAAUACCUACUUUCGUGACAUCUAAAAGUAGUCCUGCUACGAUUCUUUCGCCUACUCAUCAUACUGAUCAAAAUGCGGAGAAAGUUGAGGAGUCAAAGCUACAAGCAAAGGAAGCUACUGAGCAUGCUGAUAAGGCAAUGCUUCAUUGCAAUGGUGUAUGGAGUCAGAUGGAAGGACGAUAUAAUCAUAAUUUGAAUUCCAAUGAUGAAGCCAAGUUAGUAUCUGCAGCUGUUUCAGUAGCAGCUGCUGCUUCUGUUGCUAAGGUGGCAGCAGCUGCUGCUAAAAUUGCAUCCGAACAAGCAAGAUCGAUGGCCAACAGUUUAAAUAAAAAUCAAAAUCUUGUUCAAAGCAAAGCUUCCUCGAAACAUGCUGAAAACCUUGAUGCCAUUGUAAAAGCUGCUGAGCUGGCGGCUGAAGCAGUAUCUCAAGCAGGAAAAAUUGUCGCAAUGAGCGAACCAUUUACCUUGAGGGAUUUGGUUGAAGCUGGUCCUGAGGGUUACUGGAAGACUCCCCGAUUAGCAUCCAAGCAGCAGCAAGCUUUAAUUGCACAAAAUUUGAAUGUUAGUGAGAAAAGGAAUGCCGAAAAAGGUACUGGUGGGAAUUUGACAGAGAAUCAGACAAUGGAGGUUGAUGGUACCUCUGUUCCAUUUACAAGCCAUGGAAAGGAUAAGAGAAAGCCACCGAGUCCGGGGGUUUUCAAAACUAUUGGGGCUGUACCUGAAUCAGAGAUUAAGUCUAUGGUUGGUCAAUCCGAGCCUAAAAUUUCUUCAGCGAAUUUGAUAGAGUGUGAUAUCAAAGAAGGUUGUCUUGUUGAGGUGUACAAGGAUGAUGAUAAACUUAAUUGUGGCUGGUUUGGAGCUAAUGUGUUGAGUUUGAAAGACGGAAAAGCCCUUGUUUCUUAUACAGAAAUCCAAUCAGAUGAAGGUUCAGGGAAAUUAAAAGAAUGGUUGGCACUUGAAGUUGAGGGAAGUGAGGUACCCAAGAUACGUUUAGCCCAUCCUGUGACUAGCAUGCAAGGGACUAGAAAGAGACGUAGGACGGCUGCAACAGAUUUUAUGUGGUCUAGUGGAGAUAGGGUUGAUGUGUGGAUUCAAAACCACUGGCGCGAGGGAGUUGUGAUGGAGACCAACACAAUUGAUGUUACUUCUCUAACUGUUCAAUUUCCAGCUCAAGGAGAGACAUCAGUUGUUAGAUCAUGGUUUGUCCGACCACCUCUCAUCUGGAAGGAUGGCAAGUGGAUUAUGUCUCAUACAUCUGAGAAGCGUGUUUCUUCCCCGGGCAAUAUGCCACAGGAAAAGCGGUUAAAACUGGCAAGUCCUGCUGUGGAGGAUAAAAGGAAAGCCGGGUCAUCAGAGCCGAGAAAACAAGAAGAAUCACUAUCCUUGUCAACCCAUGAGAAAGUAUUUAAUGUCGGUAGCACUAGAGAGAAUAAGAAGAUCAACACUUCUAGAACAAUGACGCGGGGCUUGCAGAAAGAAGGCCCGGGAGUAACCUUUGGCGUACCAAAACCUGGAAAAAAUCAGAAAUUUAUGGAUGUUAGCAAACACUAUGUUGCUGAUGGAUCCAAUGUAACACAUGAUUCCAUUAAGUUUACUAAAUAUUUAAUUCCUCAUCCACCAGGAUCCCGUGGAUGGAAAAACAGUUCUAGAAGUGACCCGAAAGAGAAACAAGUUGCCGAAGCCAAACCACAAAUGCUCAAAUCUCGAAAACCGCCAAUCCCCUCUUUCAGAACGUUAUCUACUAAAUCCACAGCAAACAAUAGCAGCCUGGAUUCUGUUAGUGAUAGUGAAAACCAACUGGAGCACGGGUCUUCUUCCAGUAUUGAAGAUAAAUCUGAGCGUUUGAACAAACGGAAAUUCGCACCUACAAAGGCAGCUAAAGUCGAAAAAUCACAUCCAGAAGUUGCUGAGCCGCGUAGAUCAAAUCGUAAAAUUCAGCCGACAUCAAGGCUGUUAGAAGGGUUGCAAAGUUCAAUGAGCAUCUCAAAGAUACCUGCUGUUUCACAUUCAACUCAAAGAAAGGUUACUCCAAUCCAAAAGGAAACAGGAACACUGGCAAAAAGGAAGGAGAAUAGUUAAUUAUGUGUGUAUUGUAUGACAUAACUUUGUAACUAAGAAGAUUAAUGAAUCUAAGAAAGGCUAGUCUCAUUAAUGAAUCUAAGAAAGGCUAGUCUCAACCUUUCUGGUGUCUUAUGAAGAAGGCUUUCUGGAAUUUGUUUGUUAGGCUUUGUAUAUGGAUGGAUGUCUAGAUAUUAAUCAUCACCAUUUCUUCAGUCUAAAUCAUUUAUUAUCA